GGACGAACGGGGUCCAGCCCAUCCAGCAUCAAGAGACCAGCCAAGGUCGAGCGUAGUCAUUCGCGAAAUUUUCCCUUUGACGGUUGGAAUUAACGUGAUAUUUGUCUAAUCGAGUUUAUUCAUUAUUUCUAUUGACUUUCUCAUCGAGAAAUGAAAAUUCUAAUAUUGUUAUUGGCGUUGGCGGUGGGUUUGGAGGCCGCUAGAACAGGAAGAGGCAGAGGAAGAGGAAGAGUGCGAUAUGGGGGCAGACAGCUACCCUUUUCCAAUCAGCCUGAGACAUCAGUAACCGAAAAUACGUGGGACCGAGCGGACAUUCAGAAACUGGACCCACGCACCGAAUCAUGGCAGACUGAUUUAGAGACAGAUAGUGUUGCAUUGACAAAUCCGGUGGAGACAGUUCCGCCAACGGAGUCAUUUAUCCCGAAUGGGGCACGACAGUAUCCGGGCUUUCCGGGUGGUGACGGAGAAUUUCCACAGCCUAUUCCACCGCAGUUUCCAUCGAAUCCUAACCAGCCUGGGCAGCCUGGACAGGGGGGACAGCCAGGAGUGCCUGGGCAGCCUGGAUUGCCAGGCCAAGGAUGGCAGCCGGGACAACCUGGGCAACCUGGACAGUCUGGACAGCAGCCAGGAUUUCCUGGACAACCUGGACAACCCGGGCAACCUGGACAGCAGCCAGGAUUUCCUGGACAACCCGGCCAGCCAGGAUUUCCCGGACAGCCUGGCCAGCCAGGAUUCCCUGGACAGCCUGGUCAGCCAGGAUUUCCAGGACAGCCUGGUCAGCCAGGUAUUCCUGGACAGCAGCCAGGAUUUCCCGGACAGCCUGGACAGCCUGGACAACCGGGGCAGCCAGGAUUCCCUGGACAGCCUGGGCAACCUGGACAGCCAGGAAUUCCUGGACAACCCGGGCAACCUUCACAACCGGGGAUCCCCGGACAGCCAGGCCAACCUGGACAAGAAUGGCAACAGCCUGGACAGCCAGGAAUUCCCGGACAGCCUUCAUUACCAGGACAGGGUGGACAACAGCCAGGGAUCCCUGGACAACCGGGUCAGCCUGGCCAGCCCGGACAAGGAUGGCAACAACCUGGACAACCUGGACAGCCCGGGCAACCUGGACAACCUGGUCAGGGUGGACAGCAGCCAGGAAUUCCUGGACAACCGGGUCAACCUGGCCUGCCAGGACAAGGAUGGCAACAACCUGGACAACCCGGACAGCCUGGGCAACCCGGACAACCUGGUCAGGGUGGACAGCAGCCAGGAAUUCCAGGACAACCAGGCCAGCCUGGACAACCAGGCCAGCCUGGACAACCCGGUCGUCCAGACAGACCUCAACGUCCGAUUCCCGCUCCCGGUUGUCCCGCAGCUCGCGGCCAAUUUCCAAGCCCAAAAAGCUGUUCGAUCUAUCUGAAUUGCUGGGACGAGACUGUAAUUGAACAGGAGUGCCCCAACAAUCUUCUAUUCAACGAGAAGGUCGGGUACUGCGACUUUGAGCAAAACGUCAACUGUGGAAAUAGACCUGGACCUACACCAAAACCACCACUGGCACCGGGUUCCCGCAGAUGUCCAGAUCCAAGCGGCCGCUACAGAAGCCCAACAAACUGUUCAGAAUUCUACGUGUGUCUCUCUGGCAGUCCAAUCAAGUUCAACUGUCCUCAAGGACUUGUCUACAAUGACGCCUUCGGGGUUUGCGAUUACCCUUAUAACGUAGAUUGUCAAGGAGCUGCCACCCCCAGACCCCCUCCGGCAGUAACCCCCGAGCCAGAAAUCCCCAUUGGAGGUUCGUCUGGAGUUUCCAAUCCAGGUGGGUCCUCACCAGGAGGUGCAAGCCCAGGAGGAUCUUCUCCAGGAGGUUCCAAUCCAGGCUCCCCAGGCUCUCCCCAGCCUCCCGACCAGUCUCGCCCCCAACCGCCCGCCGUCACCUUCCCACCAGGUCCCUACCCCCAGCCCCAAUGGGGCUUCCGAACCCAGCCUGAUCCCUGGCAUCAACGUCCCACUGCGAGUCAAAUUGAACUGGAGAACCAACAGACCCUCUACAAUGAUCCCAGUGCCCUGGAGGGCUCGACUGAGGCACCUACUGUGAUCAAUCCAUGGGGUACCAUGCACACCAUCCCCGCGGAGCUGAUGAAGCUACCAUGUGAGACAGGGAAAGUACAUCGACUUGAUGAAGCUUGCACCAGUGUCGUUGUCUGUAAAAACAGCCGACCUCAGCUGAUUCAGUGCGAUGAGGGUCUGAGCUAUGACAGACCGUCCGACUCCUGCAGACACUUCACCUUAGCUAAAUGCUAAAAUUCAUCUAGAUUCGAAUCAUCCGCUUGCCGCCAUCCUCCAACACUCUAGACAUAUAUCUUAGUGAAUAUAGUAUUAAGUCUAUAAUUAAUAAUUUAAAUUUCACCCUCAACCGCGAGUCACUCUUCUGCAGUUGGUAAACAAGAGAUCGCGAGGAUAUUUCGUGACUGUUCCACGAGGGAACAGCACCGAGCGGAGUUGCCAUUUUGCUUAAGUAGAAAAGGCCCCUGUUCCGCAGCAAGUAGAGCAAGACAAAUGGGCCACGUGUCUGACCAAAAAGGACAAUGAAAUUUUUAGAAAUCAUCACGAUUACCUCCUGGAACAGGAAUUGUCUCUUCACUACUGACUGGAACCACACAUUCUCUAUUUUGAAUUCGUUUCUGUGUCACUUUCCCUUUCAUCCUAGCUGGAAACGACUUUUAUAGUCGAUGAGAAUUCUUUGAAUAAAAAUAUUACAAAUUUAA